AGUACGCAAAGGUGGGAGUAGCGGCAGUAGCUGUAGGGGACUGGGGAGCGAAACGAGUCGCGCAAGUGCGUCCGUCCGCGUCGGUACCGAAAAAUUAGUAGCGAGAGAAAAUCCGGGUGAAAGGUAACCUGGACAGUAGAACGUAACGGAAAGAAUCGUAUCCAGAGGAACGCGAAUUUGGUCGGAAGUAAAGGAGAAGUUAAAACUGACGGUGACAAUUUUCUGGCGGAUAAGUGUAAAACAGAUAAAAGCGAGCGGAUGAUAUCCGCGCGAAAGAAAGAUAUAAAACAAAAGAAGGAAAGGAACAAGGCACGCACAGUGGAGGGAUAUCGACGACACAAGGCGGCAGCGACGUGAACAAAUCGCACCUCAACAGAAGAGGUUUCAUCCAUCUCCAAUAUCUCUGUCUAUAUAUAUUGUGUAUGUACGUUACCUGUAUGUAUAUAUAGGUAUAUAUUUACGCGAGAGGAUCGACCAACUGUCACAUUGGUCGCCAUUUUAUUAAUCUGGUAGCGCCGACCACCGCUCUUCGUGCUGCUGCUGCUGUUGAUGCAGCGUGUGUCUUCUCCUCUUAUGCUUCCAUCCUGAUGUCGAAUAGGAGAAGACAGCAGCAGGGCGCGACCGAAAAACUGGCCGACGGUGGUGUGCGGUGAAAACAAUAAAUAAACCCGUGUAUCCUCCGCGAGGAGGAGAACCAACCAACCAGCCAGCCAGCCAGUCGGGGUGUUAAGGUGGUGCUGCGCAUACCGCUGACAACGACGACUACGGACAAUGAGGAGAAUAUAACCAACAGUAGUUGAUGAAUAAAGACGGCGAGUUGUGUUGCGCCCGUGGCGUCGUUGAGUAGAGAAAAGUAGAGAAGAGAAGAUCGAGGAGGAGACGGCACAGUGCACAUAGGCUUCGAGUGUUUUCUUUUGUGAGUGUGAUAUUAUUCUACGUGUGUUUGUUACGUGUGGUAUGUGUGUGUUUUGUGCAUACGCGUUUGUUGUUUCGCCUUCUACGUAUAAAUUAAACACUACUUGUGCGUGUACUUGUACAGUACCUGCAUGUAUGCACACCUCUCGCUCUCUCGACCUGGAUUAGUAACUGAUCUCCCGUAGUAGUAAGGAUAAGGAACCGGAGGCGGCGAAGCCUUGAGUCAGUGAGCACGUUGGUGAGCGUGAGCAGUGAGUCGACCGUCAUUCUCGUCUAGCGUGACUACCAACCUACCACCCCCCUCGCCGUUAGAGAGUGUAUUUCUCACGACGGUUCUUUUAGUUCAUGGUUCUCGCUUGUGCCAUAGAGGAUACGACACAUACGGAGACACAACACACGCGCGCGCAUGCUGUAGGACAAAAGAUGAUCUGCAACUAGUGUUCCUCGAUCUUGUAAACAAGUGAAGUGAGGAGGUAAACAAAAGACGAACCGCAACCGCGCGCAGUUCGAAUAACCGUGAGAAGUGAUAACAUGCGAUAGGGAGAUAUUUGACUCGUCCGUUAUCUAUCCUCCGCCUAAUCGCGGCUGUGGUCACAAGACCGGUGUAAAACGACGAGGUGCUUAAUCGUCGAGGAAUUCUCAACGAAGCGAGGAAAAAAUUUAAGACGAGAUAGAGGGAGGGGGACUUUUUUUGGGUUCACGCCUGGGGGAUCGGGGGCGGCCACCACCGCCAUGCCUUGCGAUAGUUUAGACAACAAUCAGCAUCCGUGCAGGAACAACGUCGGGGGUUUCGAUAAGAUUAUUUCGCAGGCCAGCGGAGAACGGUGUACAAGGUGGUACGAGAUGAGAUACGAAUUGCUCUGUGCCUGAUCUAGAACGUAGGAGAAAUCCGUAUCGUUAACGCCGCCGUUGCGUCGAGGCGACAGGGAGGAAGUAGGUAUUUAAUAGAUGAGAAGAAAGUGAAGAGGAGAAAAGUAAAAGGAGAUUACAAAGAAACCCGAACAAUUUAAAUACUUAAAGGUAGUAGUUAGAUAGGACACUGUGAAAAAGAAUUUUGGGAGAGUACAGCAAGUAUAUUAUAUAAUUAAAAUUGAAAAUUGACAAGAAAAUAUAUAAAACAAUAAAUAAAUAAUAAAAAUGAAGAGGUGUAUAAAGUACUACGCUGUAAUAGUUACCUAGAUAGACGAAAGGGGAAACAAAUGUGAACGCAACAACGAGGAAUUUCUAUAUCUACUUAAAGAGAAGAUUUAGAAGGUAAAAUAAAAUAAAAUAACGAACCGGCGGAACGCGCGAAUGACUAAUAAUUAUAAUAGUAAUAGUGAUUAUACGCCGUAACGAUGCAACAAAUUAUUGGCGUGAAAACGCGAUUUGUUUUUGUACCGGCGUAACGUCCAAGUGGAAAACUGGAAGAUCGAAUUUGUUAAUCGACAAACCGAAGGAGAUAACGAAAAGGAAGCAGCAUAGAACCACGAAGAUAGGAAGGAAAAGUUUCAAUUUCGUUCAAAAGAGAAGAAAAUUAAGGAGAAAACACGCAACCGCAGCAAUGAGAAUUGCGACAAAUUGAGUAGAUAGCAGAAAUUCACGCAUCGGAUAUCGAACCACGUGUUUCCUUAUGUGUUUUAAGAACUUACGUACUUACACACACUAUUGCUCAACCAACCAACGAUGCAUGCCUGCAGGAUAUAUAAACUGUGAAUGCCGCGCCGAUUAAUCACUGAACCAACGGCGUUAUCAUCGGCGCGAUAAAAACCGCGUCAAGGCCUAAAAAUCGUGAAACAACGGUAAACAAGAAACGUGAAAACCUGAAGAGGCGAAGAAAAACGAGGAAAAGUCUUGAGCGCGAGGCGAAGUGAUAAGAAGAAGGAGAGAAUUCCCUGCGCGAGUUGGGCGUCUCGAACAAAAGUACGUGGUGGCGUCUCUUGGACGUCACUGCACAAGACUACGUGUGAGCGUGUGAGAAUGUUACCACGAGGAACAAGGGCGUUGCUCGCCCUGCUGGUACUCUCGUCGUCGAUGAGGCCGUCGAGGAGCACGCCCGCCGACAUAGUGCACACGUUCGCCGACCCCGACGUCGAGCGUCUGAACCACCUGGUGGUGGACAAGAACACGGGGCGAGUAUUCGUGGGUGGUGUGAACUGUCUGUACCAACUGUCGCCGGACCUGGACUUGGUGGUGAAGGAGGUCACGGGACCGAAGAACGACUCGAACGACUGUUCGAUGAUCGACUGUCCCGCCGGCGUGGUCAAGAAGCUGACCGACAACGUGAACAAGGCUCUGGUCAUCGACUACACGACCACGAGACUGAUAUCGUGCGGCAGUCUGUUCCAGGGGAUGUGCACGGUUCGGAAUCUCCACAACAUAUCGGACGUUGCUCAGGAGGUGCGGGAGGCCGUCGUCGCCAACAACGCGACCGCGUCGACGGUGGCCUUCAUCGCACCGGGUCCCCCGAACCCGCCGGUCUCCCAGGUCAUGUACGUCGGCGUGACUUACACGGCGAAUUCGCCGUACAGGUCCGAAGUCCCAGCGGUUAGCUCGAGGUCGCUGGACAAGGAGCGGAUGCUCGUGAUCGCCGAGACGGCGGUGACGACCGGGACGAGAAUGUUCGUCAACUCUUUGGCCAGGGAACGGUUCCCCAUAAACUACGUGCACGGUUUCAGCAGCGAGGGUUUCAGCUACUUCCUCACCACCCAGCCGAAGAGUACCGCCACCGGAAGCGAGUUCAUAUCCAAGCUGGUGCGCGUCUGUCACGACGAUCAGAACUACUACUCGUACACCGAGAUACCGAUCGACUGCACGAACGAGCUCAGGAAGUACAACCUCGUCCAAGCAGCCUACGCCGGCAAGGCUGGAUCCGACCUUGCCGGGCACCUCGGCAUCACCGCUCAGGACGAUGUACUCUUCGCCGUUUUCUCCGAGAGCAACGCCACCACCAACAGACCGUCCUCCAGGUCCGCGCUCUGCGUCUACUCCCUAAAAGCCAUCAGGAGAAAGUUCAUGUCCAAUAUUCAACACUGCUUCGCCGGGCACGGGCAGCGGGGAUUGGACUUCAUAUCGCCGAGUCAUCAGUGCGUUCUUACGAAGCUGCAGACUAUCGCCGAAGAUUUUUGCGGUCUCGAUGUCAACACGCCUCUAGGAGGUCAGGAUCCUAUCAUUGCUGUACCGGUCCUCGCUUUCGAGGAGCAUCUAACUGCCGUUGCUGCAACAUCGACCGGUGAUUACACCGUUGUCUUUGUCGGCACGAGCGACGGCCAUCUCAAGAAAGUCGUCGUUGAGACUGCGACCUCGGCUCAGAAGUAUGGUGAUCUUGAAGUGGAUCCGAAAUCCCCGGUGAAUUCGGACCUACAUUUUGACUCUCAGCUUAUGCAUCUCUACGUAAUGACACAACGCAAGGUGUCCAAGGUCAAAGUUCAGGAAUGCUCGGUAUACAAGACGUGUUGGGAUUGCUUGGAGGCCAAGGAUCCUUACUGUGGUUGGUGCUCGUUGGAGAACAAGUGCAAUCUGAGAAGCGACUGUCAGGAUGCAGCCACCGAUCCCUUGUACUGGAUUUCGUACAAGAGCGGUCGGUGCACUACCAUAGCAAGCGUCACUCCGAAUCAGCUGCAAAGAACGACUGCAAGGACCCUGGAUCUUGUGAUAGAGAACCUUCCGACUCUCCCGGGACAGUUUCUCUGCGCGUUCUCGGCCCUCGAUAAAACCCUCAUAACAAAUGCUACUCGAAAAUCGUACGGCGUUAAUUGCACCACUCCAAGGACCGAUCUGCUGCCGUCGAUACCCCAAGCCGAGCACCACUUCACGGCCAGAUUGUCCGUCCGAAUGACCAGCGGACCCGACCUCGUUGCCACGAAUUUCACCUUCUUCGACUGUAACACGUACAGCUCUUGUACCCAGUGCGUUUCGUCGAGCUUCCCCUGCGACUGGUGCGUCGAUGGUCACAGAUGCACUCACGAUACUGCCGAGAAUUGCCGCAAUGACAUAUUGGUCACCGGAGUCAGCAGAAUCGGCCCGAGUUAUAGAAGUGGACCAGGUUUCUGUCCUACUAUUAACGCCACGGAUUCUAAAGAAAUACUGGUCUCGUCUGGAAUAAAGAAAAAUAUUCGUGUCAAAGUGCAUAUCAUUGGGCAAUUCAUCGUACAAACGAGGUUCGUCUGUCAGUUCAACAUCGAAGGACGUGUAACCAGCGUUAACGCACAGCUUCUAGCAGACACAAUAUAUUGCGAUUCGACAGAAUUUUCAUACACGUCAAGGGCGCCUAACAUCACGGUACCCUUCGCAGUGAUAUGGGGGGGCUCAAAGCCUCUGGACAAUCCUGACAACAUUCACGUUGUUAUAUACCGUUGUAAGGACAUGGCUGACAACUGUGGCAUGUGUUUGGCUCUUGCCCAAAAGUACGGAUGCGGGUGGUGUCAAAGCUCUGAUAAGUGUGAGGUGAAAGAACAGUGCAAUAAUCGAGGUUCCGGCAUUUGGCUAAACAGAAAUGAAACCUGCCCAAACCCGAAGAUUCAAUCGUUCGAGCCGCAGCUUGGACCCUGGGAAGGAGGUACCAAUGUAACUAUACGAGGAAUAAACUUGGGGAAAACAUUUGCCGAUAUAUACGCUGGGGCGACGAUUGCCGGACUUCCGUGCGAGCCUUACCCUGAACUUUACAUCAGGACGAAACAGAUCGUAUGCAAAGUUGACGGACCUGGUACUCCUCAGGAGCGAAAGGGACCCGUGAUAGUCAAGAUAGAGGAUUUCCGUGGUUACUCGGACGUCAACUUUGAAUUCGUCGACCCUGUCAUCGAGUCCAUAUCGCCUAAGUAUGGCCCUCGGAGUGGCGGGACCGUAAUCAGGAUAACAGGACGUUACAUGAACGCCGGCAGCAGGAUACGCGCUUUCAUAGACACGCUACCGUGCUCCAUAAUAAGCGCCGAGGCCAACGAGACUCUCUGCAUGACCAGUGCCAGCAACACCACUCGUAGCAGUGUGCUAAGGAUGCAGUUUGACAGCGGAGUUAGGCAGUACAACGGCGUUUUCGAAUACGUCGACGACCCCACGAUAGAAUCAGUCGAGAGCGGCGUUGCGGGACAGAUCAAAAUACCCAAGGGAAUUCCCGCAGGUGGUAUAAAGAUAUCGGUAAUCGGGAAGAAUCUUGGAUACGUGCAGAAUCCUCAAAUGUACGUCUAUUACGACGAUAAAAUGUUCGUCUCUCAGUGCGCUACGUUCAGCCAUACAAACAUGAUAUGCAAUUCACCCGCCGUCGAAGUAUCCGAAGAUACUCACCUGGACGCUGAUCAUCCACUGAUGCUGGAGUACGGAUUCCGCAUGGACAAUGUCACGGGCGUACAGAAUCUCUCCGCUAAUGGGCACAAAAACUUCCUGCUCUACCCGAAUCCUGUCUACGACGUGUUCGAGGAGGAAGUGAAGUACUACAAAAGCGACUAUCUCACCAUAAACGGUCAGAACUUGGACCGCGCAUGUCAGGAUUCGGACGUAACUGUCCAGAUCGGCAAUUCCUUCUGCAACGUGACGUCCCUAUCGAGGCAACAACUAACAUGUCGACCCCCAUUACAUCAGCCUCCAGCCUUGGACAAUACGGGUCUUGCCAACAAGCAGGAACUUCCAGAGGUGAUUGUAGUCGUCGGAGGUGGACUGAAGUAUAAAAUUGGGAAGCUCAGCUACGCCUCGCCAACCGGUAUCAACGGGUCGUUGUCCAGGCCCGCGAUGUACGGAGUUUCAGCGGCCAUAGUAAUCCUGCUGUUCAUUUUCACGGCGUUCCUCGUCGCUUAUCGCAGGAAAUCAACGGAGAGCAACAGAGUGCUGAAAAAUAUGCAGGAGCAAAUGGAUAUCCUUGAACUCAGGGUCGCCGCCGAGUGCAAGGAAGCCUUUGCCGAGCUGCAAACCGAGAUGACGGAUUUGACCGGCGAUCUGACCAGCGGCGGCAUUCCGUUCCUUGACUACAGAACUUACGCCAUGAAAAUACUCUUUCCUAAUAUCGAUGACCACGUCGUCCUGCAGAGAGAGAGACCUGAACUGAUGAGAAAAGAAAAGGGACUCAGAUUGUUCGGGCAGCUGAUCAUGAACAAAACAUUCUUACUGCUCUUCAUUAGGACCCUUGAAAGUAACAGAUACUUCUCGAUGAGGGAUCGAGUCAAUGUUGCCAGCCUUAUAAUGGUCACGCUUCAAAGUAAGAUGGAGUACUGUACAGACAUUCUCAAGACACUUUUAGCCGAACUUAUUGAAAAAUGCAUGGAGGGAAAAAGUCAUCCGAAGCUACUUUUGAGAAGAACUGAGAGCGUCGCUGAAAAAAUGCUCUCCGCAUGGUUCACUUUUCUUCUUUACAAAUUCUUGAGAGAAUGCGCCGGCGAGCCACUGUACAUGCUAUUCAGAGGUAUGAAACAGCAGGUGGACAAGGGACCGGUUGACGCGAUUACCUCAGAGGCUCGAUACUCAUUGUCAGAAGAAAAAUUGAUUCGGCAGUCUAUCGACUUUAAGGCAAUGACCGCCUACGUGUCGAUAUCCCAGCAAACUGUAUUUGUCAGUGGAUUGGAUCCAAACACUGAGAACGUCGCGGUGAAGGUUUUGGACUGUGACACGAUAUCCCAGGUGAAAGAGAAGGCAUUGGAUACGAUAUACAGAGCUACUCCGUACAGCCAGAGACCGCGAAAAGACGACCUGGAUCUCGUUUUUCAUCGUUUGUUAUCUGCAGAAUGGCGCACCGGUACAUCGGGCAGAUUAAUACUGUACGACGACGACUCAACAACUAAGGCUGAGGGAGACUGGAAAAAGAGGAACACGCUGAACCACUACAGAGUGCCGGAUGGCGCGUCUCUGAAUCUAGUCUCGAAACAGUCGUCUCUCUACAACAUCUCGAUACUCUCGGAGAAAACUGACAAGUCUCACAAAUAUGAAACACUGAAUCUCAGCAAAUUCAGUUCCGCCAGUCCUCCGUUGUCCCGUGCUACUUCGCCGCUAAACCAUGAUCACGACAGCGGAAUAAAGUACUGGCAUCUCGUCAAGCAUCAUGACACAGACGCUCAGAAGGAGGGCGAACGCGGUAACAAAAUGGUCUCGGAAAUAUACCUCACAAGGCUACUCGCGACCAAGGGUACCCUCCAAAAGUUCGUCGAUGAUCUGUUCGAGACCAUAUUCAGUACCGCGCAUCGGGGGUCCGCUCUUCCCCUCGCGAUAAAAUACAUGUUCGAUUUCCUCGACGAUCAAGCUCUGCUUCACGGCAUAUCAGACCCCGAGGUCGUACACACGUGGAAGAGCAACUCCCUGCCCCUUAGAUUUUGGGUCAAUCUUAUCAAGAAUCCAAACUUCGUAUUCGAUAUUCAUAAAUCGAACAUCGUUGACUCCUGCUUAUCUGUCGUCGCCCAGACCUUCAUGGACAGUUGCUCAACGUCGGACCAUAGAUUAGGUAAAGACUCGCCGAGUUCCAAGCUAUUAUACGCAAAAGACAUUCCAGGGUACAAAGAAUGGGUGGAUCGAUAUUAUUCCGAUAUUAAAAUUAUGCCCGCAAUCUCUGAUCAAGAUAUGAACGCUAUGCUUGCCGAAGAAUCUAGACUGCACUCGACAGAAUUCAACACGAACUGCGCACUCUACGAAUUGUACACAUACGCGGUAAAAUACAACGAACAAUUAAUCGUAACGUUGGAGGAGGACGAGUUUUCGCAGAAGCAGAGGCUGGCCUACAAGCUCGAGCAAGUGCACAACAUAAUGGCAGCGGAGGGAAAUCCCUGAUGUCUCGCUAACCAUGUCGAUAGUACAACAACGUUCACUAGAUCUCGCCAGGAUUUGCCGUGCUGAGUUAUAUUAAAUAGGUAUAUUAAAUUAAAUUCAAUUGAUUGAAACAAAACGGAAGAAAAAGAAACAAGAAAAGAAAAUAAAAAAACAUUUCCGAUUCACACGAGAAAAAUCCGACGAAACGAGCAACUGGAGCCUUCGGCACGCGUCCGUCUGACAGGCUGAUGGCACCUCUUCUGCACUUUUUACUCCAGUGUUGAUGACAACGUCGGGAGAUAAUGUCAUCUCGGGUAACACUGACCUCAAGUAUCAAUGGUGUAUGAUUAAUAUUGUGCUUGAGGUAACGAGAAGUGUGUUACUAAACGAUUAUUACGAAAGUGAUGACGAUGAAUAAUUGGGCUGCAAUUUUUGCCGCUGCGUAAUUUGAUAUUACGCAAUGUAAAUACAAUGUAAUAAUUAUGAAAAUUCAUGGGUGUCUAUAAAGCAUUCUAAUAUCGCGAUCAUGUAAAACACACAAGAAAAAUAAUGAUCGCACCUGAUUACGCACACACGGAUCGCCGCUUCGCGUCGGAUAUUAAAUCGUGUGAAUAAAUAUUAUCGUCGUCGUUCUCGUCGUCGUUUCUAUAUAAAUACAUAUAUCAUCGAAGUAUCAUGACGACGACGAUAUACGAAAAUAAUCUUUUAAAUGAUAAAAAUAAAUGUUAUUAUGAUAAUUAAUGAUUAAUUGAUAAUUAUUUAUAAUUAAUUAACAAAUGUUGUAUAUGUGUAAAACGAUUUAAACGACCCGACUAUCA